AUGUCCAGUAAGGGGGCGUGUCUGCUGGUAAAAUACUUCCGUGAAGGCUGCUCUCGUGCAUCCUCACUCCUCGCUCCUCGGAGCUUUGGGAAGGUCUUCAAGAUAGCCCACCAGAACGACUUCCGGUUCAAGCAAGGAUCGAGGAGCGAGGAAAUAUCAAAUAAUCCAGUGAAGGAGGUGCUCCCCCUGCCUCGACACCCUUCCCCACUUCCUGUGACCUGUUCCUCUCUGACCCCUGCUGCCAUUUCAAAGAAAUACAACACAGGCUCCAUGCAGAAUGUGCAGGUGGCCUCCUCAGUGGUGACAUCGUUCAGCUAUCUGAAGCCUCCAGAGAGGGAUCUCACCCUGAUGUCCCACAUGAAGUCUAUUAAGUCUCUGAAGCACGCUGGCUUCACUGCCGUCUUCACUGGACAAACGAAGCUUGACAGUGAUGAGCUGAUGGACGAGGUACCAAUCGUCGAUGUGAUCCUGGCUGACAUCGACUCCCUGGUGCCCACUCACGAUGAAGCCGGCCGCCCCAUAGCAGAGUGGAAACGACAGGUGAUGGUGCGGCAGCUGCAGGUCAGGCUGCAGGAUGAGGAGGAUCAGAGGAGACAGGACAUGCCUAAUGACUACAUGCCAGUGGACAGCUGGAAGUACUCCCAAACCCACAACGCAGUCUUGGGGCCCUUUGGGGAGCUCUUAACAGAGGAUGACCUCGUGUAUCUGCAGCAGCAGAUCGAAUCUGUUUCCCUGCAGAAGCGCUGCCAGGCCUAUGAGCUGGAGCUGACCAGGCUGACCGAGGAGCUGCGGUCCAUUUUACCUGAUCCAAUCGUGAACAUCUCCAUUAACAAAGAGGUUCUACAAAAGAUGGACGCAGAGGGGAAAAUGCCCCUCGCUUUGCCAAUGUGGUGCAGUCGUGUCUCAGAGAUUGUUAAGAGUAUGUCGCUGCUGGUGGCUAAUCUGACGCAAACCACAGAAGAGGGGGGAGAGAGGAGGAUAGUGGAAGGCAUGAUGGAGGAGAUGAGGGGUUUGCAGGGGGUAAGCAAUAGUUUAGGAAUUGAUUUAGGCCAAGGAUUGCCGGAACAGGGCCAAGAGACGGUGACAGCACAUGAAGAGACCUUUAGUGGAUGUAGGAUUCCUCACAUAGGGAUGGCGUCCGCUUUUAGCCAUCGAUUGGAGACCAACAGCUAUAGCAGAGCACGGAGGGAGAGGGUGGAGAGGGAGAUCCAGCAGUCUGGGGUGUCGGUCAGAAACCUCAGAUCCAACUUUGAAGGUCAGAUUGGGGGCAUUUAUCCCUUCGCUGGCGUUAUGAAAGGAGGCCAGGUAAUGUUUGGAGCUCCAGAAUUAAACAACCAGAAUGCCAACACAGGCCUCAGCUGCGAGUUGAGCCACUGCGAUCCUCCUAAAAACCUUAUACCUAUAAUGGAGACUACUAGCUUAAGGAAAGAGCGUAUCGUGGUGCUGUUCCUGAGCCACUGGAAGAAAUCUGCAUAUGCUAUUUCAGUGAGAGCAGCGAGACGGAGACAGGGACAGGAAGCACUGUCAGGGAGAGUGACAGGAGCAUUGCCCCAACAGAAAAUCACCUCCAUGUUUCAAUUCUGCCAACAACGAUGUGCUGUGGACAAGAUGCUAAACUCCUGGAGGAAUAAAGUAGGUCUCAAAGAUUCACAAAAGUCCUGUUUGUCGUCCUCCUCACAAAAUCCACCCCCUCGAGUAACCUUCUGCCCAGAGCAAUUCCUGCCAGACGUGGAUGGUGUUGCAGUGACCCACGACAGCUUGACCCUUGACCUCUUCAUGCUGGGAUACUUCCACAUCCUAGAGCAAGAGCUGUCAUCGGAGGAGAGGAAGAUGAGACAUCUACUCUGCUUCGAGGUCUUUGACCAUGUAGGCUGUUUCUCCUGGGAGAUGGUGAGGGACUUCCACAAGGCUGUUCUCAAGGAAAUCCAGGCUGGGAGUCGACAGUGGAGCGACGGCUUCGAGGACAUCAAAGUUCGCUUCUUUGGGGACUCGAGACCGUGUCACUGUCCAUCGCCAUCAUUGUUGCCAGAUUCCAGACUCGUACCCAAAGUUAUAGUUCAAACUGCAACUCCAGAAGAGUGUGGCAGUGACACAAACUUCUCUUGCUUCAACAACGAAGACAUUUGUAAAUAUAUUGACCGCAGCUUUGCUUUCUGGAAGGAGAAGGAGGCAGAGCUGUUUGAAUUUGCACAUUAGUAUUAAGGUUUUAUUUGAAAUUUUUGCACAAAAUGAUGACAUGUUGGUGUGUUUAUUUUUGGUUAA